UCAGAAUUGGCGAAUCCCAUCCUUUUUUUCUCGGGACGCGCGUAAUGUCAGAGCGCCCUUUUUCUCUGUAAAAAACCCAAAGCCGACAAACUAAAACACGGAUUUACUUUUGUAUUUAGCCGCGUUCUGUUCUGUCCUGUUCCCAACUAUGUUUUCAGCUCACCUUCAAAGCUUCAGAAGCCGCUGAUUCGCGAUUCUGCAUUUUCUUGUUGCCAUUUCUGUUGUUUUUGCUGUUUGUUCGGUAGUUGGGAAUCAGUUGAGAAAUGGAAGAAGAAGUUGCUUCGGGUUCAUCCUCGUCAGCGUCUCGGAUAGUACGAUGCCCAGAUUGUGGAAAUGUCCUCCCUGAGUUGCCGGACUUCUCUGUCUCCCUGUGUGGCAGUUGCGGCGCCGUUCUCCGAGCAAAAUGGAAAGGGCAUGUGAAGGGUGGAUUGUCGCCAGACAUAUCUGAUGAUGAAAAAGGUGGGGUUGUUACUAGUAAAAGGGGCAUUGCAAUGGGUUCAAACAAUGUUUCUGAAACUGAAGGGAAUAGGAAAUUGGAGUUGGGUAAUUGUUCAACUUCAAGAUCUGAGAAUGGGGAUUUUUUGGCUAGAAGUGGAAAGCGAAAUCCAAUUUCGGUUCGUACUAGGGUUGAGAAGUCUAUGAGGGAUAGGUUAAGCGAUAGAGAUGAAUAUGGCUCUUCCAUAGACGAGGAGCUCGAUCUUGAUGAUUGGGCUUGCAGGAAUGAUGCUCGGAUGGAUAUAGGUGAUGGUAGAUAUGGAAGCAAACUUGAAGAGAUCCGGCCUCCUCGUGUGGGGCCGUUUGGUUCUAGAAUUGGUAACGAGAAAUGGGGCGGGGAAAGGAAUGGCAGUGCCAUGGAUGUUGCUAGGCAGAAGAGGGGUAUGAACUUUGCACCUCUAGAGGAGGGGUCUCUCGAUUAUGUCAUGCGUUCUUCUUAUGGCGCUGGUGACUAUAGGAGAUACCAUGAAGACGGUUUCAAUGGUUUUACUAGAGUUGCGGAUUUGGAGAGUGAUAGAGCUGAGCUACUCAGGAGGAUUGAUGAAUUGAAGGAUCAACUUAGCCAAACUUGUGGUGAUGUAGCUGAGAAUCCUAAAGAAAGGAUUGCCAUUGAACCAAGGAUGGCUUCAAAAACGCCAUUUGACCCUUAUAGAAGCCGUGAUGUGUAUAGGCAAGGCUUGUUUGGUGCAAACAAGCAACCCCCCCGUGAUCAAGGCUGUCAUGUUUUGGGACCUCCCUACAUCUAUGAUGUUGCCGAGGAUGUUCCUUACAAGGGUAGACACGGUUCAAUCGUGCAAGAUUCUUAUUCUGUAACACGCUACAGGCAUGGAAAGGUAGAGUAUGAUAAUGCCUACUAUGAACAAGUGAACACAAGGGCUUACCAGCCAUAUCCAUGUUUUCCACAAAUGUAUCAUAAUGAAUACCCUGAUCCCUUAAUGGAUGUAAAUCCACAUCCGUUAAGACUAAAUCCGCACAAAAGCCCUUUUCAUAGACCGUCGUGCUCUUGUUCACAGUGCUUCAACCAAAACCCGAAAGUUUCUCCUCUGAUCCCACCUCCGGCUUUUGGGAACCAAAGGUCACACGACCCUGCCAAUCCCGUUUUAUAUCCACCAGAGAUUUCUGCCGCACAUAAUCAACAGUGGCAUAGAAGAGGCUCGGGGGGUCAUGCUCAAGAAAAGUUUGAUGUUGGCCACCAAAACUCUCCAAGAAAGGCGGUGAUUGCCCAUGGGAGUGGGCGAGUAUGUCGAGCUAUAUCAGGUGGUGCUCCUUUCAUAACAUGUUGCAACUGCUUCGAACUAUUGAAACUGCCCUGGAAAGUUGGGAUGAUGGGGAAGAACCAGAACAAAAUGAGAUGUGGAGCCUGUUCUUAUAUAAUGUUAUAUGAACUUAGUAGUAAGGGGAUCACUUUAUCAGUUCCCCAACAAAUUGCGAAAUUGUCUGCUGAUGGCUCGGGUGACAUUCCAAGCGAAAGCUUUGAGAAUUCUCAUGGUAGCAUGAACCCGUGCUCUAAUUAUGAUGACCAUAGCUAUGAGUUCUCCGAUACUAAGGUUGAGCCACUUCCAGCUAACCUGAAAUCAAUCUCUGAUGAAUCUGGAAAGAGGCAGGAUGCUCGUUCGUUGUCAUCUAGUUUCUCUGAACCCGAGAAGAACCCAGAGGUAAUGGUUGGAAAAGACCAUUCUCUCUCUGUGGGAUUGCCCUCCAAAGACGAUGUGCCUCUACCCCUUUCAAAUUCUCCUCUCCAUCAUAAUGUCUCUUCAGAUGAUGUGGGUGACGGAUAUAUUAUGGUAAGUAAAUGGUCCAGCGAGAACGAAGGGCAACAGAAUUCUAUGGAAGAUGCACCCGUGGAAACUGUGAUGGACAUAUCAAUCAAUGAAUCUAUAAAUAGCAGUGUAUCUCAGGAAUUCUUUGCAGGACUUGUAAAGAGUAGAACUGAAGAAUUAUCAAAGUGUAAUCAGAAUUCAGAAGACAGAAGAUCAAAUGUGUUUGUUAACGGGCAACUUAUACCAGCCUGUGAAGUUAAACGGGCAGAAGAUUUAGCUGGACCAAUUCAGAUAGGUGAUUACUGGUAUGAUGUUCGAGCUGGUUUUUGGGGUGUGAUGGGUCAUCCUUGCCUUGGAAUCAUUCCUCCAAAUAUUCCAGAGUUCGACUUUCCCAUGCCAAAAAAUUGCGCUGCUGGAAAUACUGGUGUGUUCGUGAAUGGGCGUGAGCUUCAUCAGAAAGAUCUAAAUCUUCUUUCUAGCAGAGGUCUUCCAAUCACCAAAAACAAGUCAUAUCGGGUUGAGAUAUCUGGAAAAGUUAUGGAUGAACAAACGGGAGAAGAACUAGAAAGCCUUGGCAAACUUGCCCCGACGGUUGAGAGAGCAAAACAUGGGUUUGGCAUGAAAAUACCCAAAUUCAUUGCAGAGAAAUCGUAUUAGCUGAUGAAGCUGCUCCAGUUCCAAUCCUUAAAGUAACACUCCUUGUCUUAGAACAUGAUUCAGAUACUGCAAAUAUGUGGUUAGUUUGUAAUUAUGGACUUGUGUCUUGCUGUUAGACCAUUUAGAUGUUUCAUUUGAGUUGAAUUGUACAGAUAAGUUUGUGAAUGAACUGUGAAACUUAAGACAUAGGAUUAGGAACCUCAAUUGUCAGAUGCCUCCAUUGCUUUGUGCAGUCUGUAGUGGUUUUUUCAUGUCUUUUAUUUUUAUUUUAUUUUUUUCUUCCAAGUUUUCA